AUGUGGAUUUUACCACUGGUCGGCUAUGCCGGGUCCAUUCUCGGUUUCUGCUUCCUCACCAUGGCCAUCGCGUCCGGCCUGUACUAUCUUUCCGAGCUGGUUGAGGAGCACACCGUGCUGGCGAAGCGAUUCCUGACGAAACUCAUCUACACUAUAAUCGGAGCUCAGCUACUUCUCUGGCUGCUGGACGGCUUUCCUUUCUGGCCGACUCUGCUCGGCGUGUUUUCGCACGUCAUCUACUUGGGCAACAUGCGGAGGUUCCCCUUCGUCAAGCUCUCGGACCCCCUGUUCCUGCUGUCGUGUGUGCUUGUGCUAAGUGACCAUUACGUGUGGUUCAAGUACUUCUCCGGCAGCCAAUCCAGAAGCUACCAGCGAUCUGCCUACUACCAAGACGUCGAUGUCCCGAGUUUCACCAUGAUUGCGUCCUAUUUCGGGCUGUGUGUGUGGCUGGUUCCAUUCUCGCUGUUCGUGAGCUUGUCCGCCGGCGACAACGUUCUCCCUACGAUGGGCACUGAGCCGGUGCGCGGACCUGACGGCAAGGGGAAGCCCCAGGGCAUGGUCAAGGCGCUUGUAGACUACGUGCGGAACGGGAUCGGGGCGAUCGCUGGCAUGGAUCGAUCUUCUGGGUUAUGA